AUGAAGAUAAGUAAAGUAUUUUGGCUAUUUUAGAAAUUCAACUGAGAGCGAUGGAAUAGUAUUUAGAAGCCAAUAAAAUACAUAAGGCCAAAGAAGUUGAUUAAAAUGUAAAAUUUUUUUUUUAUAGAAAUAGGGUAGUUUGUUGAAUUAUAAUGAAUGGAAGAAUUAUGUGAUCUAAUUAAAGAUAAAUACUACUAAAUUUUAAAAUUAUAAUUUGAUAAUUCAAAUUAAUCCUAUAAAUACUUUUAUAUUCGGUACAUUAAGGUAAAUAAAAAUUUUUAAACAAAUUUAUAUUUGA